AUGAAGAAGAGGGUCAAGAGAACUUCUAAGGUCGAACCAUCUGGUAAACGGGUCGUGCCUAAGUCGAAAGCUUCUGAAUCGAUGGAUGAAAUAGGAUCACCUGAAUUGCACAAUGAGCGUCAUGAUCAUUUUUAUUUAUUUGUGGUUGUGGCUUCAAAAUAUGGUUGUGUACAUAUCGUGUUGCCGCAGGUUCUUAUUAAUUGCCGAAACAAUAGGAAGCUUCUUGGACGUGUCAGAGCCUUCGAUCGCCACUGCAACAUGGUUCUUGAAAAUGUCAGGGAGAUGUGGACUGAGGUACCAAAAACAGGGAAAGGAAAGAAGAAAGCAUUGCCUGUGAACAAAGACAGGUUCAUCAGUAAGAUGUUCCUCCGCGGCGACUCUGUUAUAAUUGUUCUUAGAAAUCCCAAGUGAGUAACAGAACGUCUUUCUUUCCAUGCUCUGUUUCUUCUGUUUGGAAAAGACUUUGUGGACGCCCGUAUAAUCUUCAUACUCUGACCUGCAUUGGGAUCUUAUCCGUCAGUGUGAUUCUCACAAAAUUUUUAUGUAAUGUGGGUUGUUUAUCUGAUUUAUGCAUAUUUUGAUGCUAAAUAUCGUAUAAUUUUAGGAAGUUUUGCAUACAUGCUACUCAUUUUUUUUUGAAUUUACAUAUCUAUCACCUAAACUUCAUUUUUUACAG